AUUGUGACGUCGACGUCACCAUUGGAAUUUGUCUAUGUUGAAGUGGGCUUAUCAUGAAGCUGAAGAGCUUAGAAUCAUAGAAGAUAUAAUGUCUUGUAACAACCAUACAUUGUGUCGUCUAGGCGUAUACACCCCACUCCCGGGACAAGAUUCCAAGGACCGGUGGAGAAACCGUCACAUACCUCCUGACAUUACAGAACUAGAUGUGAAAAACUUCCUAAUAAAAAACCCGGACGUUUUUGAGGAAUAUGUAAUAGAAUCCGUGCCAAUUGAUGUUUUACAAAAUUUGAUCCAAGCCAAGCAGGAUAAACCUGAGAAAGGAAUACAUUUAGAAUGUGCCACAAUACCUCUUCAACAAAGGUACUGUCUGGACUCAGUGAAGGAUAUAAGUUCACAGUUAAUAGAUAUUGUAGAAGACCAUGAGAUUUAUGCAGAACUAUCAGAAAUGGUUCUUAUUGUAGCCCGAGCCGUCCAUGCCAGUCAUACUACUGUGUAUAUACCAACACAUCAAAACCACGAGCUUUGUAUUCUAAGGGAUGGCAAAUUAACACCUUAUGGGCCCAGUGGACUUAAAACUACAGUAUCUGCACACGCAGUCAUAGAAAGGAAGAGCCUUCUAGUAGAAGAUAUACAAUUUGAUCCCAGAUUUCCAAAAGGAAUUGGCCCUGUUGGAUACUCAGUCGGAAGUGUAAUCUGUAUUCCAGUUAUUUUGCCAUCAGAUGAUAUUAUAGGUGUACUCGAAGUCACAAGAGAACAAUCCAAGUUUUCGUUCGCAAAGGGUGAUUUGCAAACGGCGCAUGCUUUAGUGUCAUGGAUGACUGCAUGCUUGCACGAAUCUGAUAUGAAAAGAACUUUGAAUGCACAAAGCAAACUGAAUGACUUUCUACUUGAAACAUCUCGCGAAAUAUUUGAUGAAAUGAACUGUGUUGAUACCGUGGUACAGAAAAUUAUGACAUUUACAAAACAACUUGUAAACGCUGAUCGAAUUUCAAUGUUUCUUGUCGACGAAGAAAAACAAGAACUUUAUGCUGACUAUUUCGAUGAAGGUGAAAUAGAUGAAAACGGCCAGCCAAUGUUCAACAAAAAGUCACAGAUAAGAUUUCACAAGGACUUAGGAAUAGCCGGUUAUGUCGCUAGAACUGGAAAGGUUGUGAACAUCUACGACGCCUAUGAAGAUGACCGCUUCAAUCAAGCUGUAGAUAAAAUGACCGGAUAUAAAACCCGGAGUAUUCUGUGCAUGCCAAUUAUAGGAAAACAAAAAGUGGUGGGUGUGGUGCAGCUUAUAAAUCGCCUUGAUGCCGAAUGCUUCACGAAUGCAGACGAGAAUGCGUUUAAAUUGUUUGCCGUUUAUUGUGCCUUGGCCUUACACUUUUCCAACCUGUUCAACAUGGUGAAACAACAACAAACACAACAUAAAGUGGCGAUGGAGGUGCUUCAAUACCAUACCAGAACACCACAAGACGAGGUAGAUCAUUUCAAAGAAAAGCCCAUACCGAAUGAGGACGAAGUUCCGGAGCUACUGAAGUUUUAUGACUUUUGCUGUUAUGCAUACGAUGAAUACUUGCCUAAAUAUGUGAUUUAUCUUCUCCAGGAUAUGUUUGGAACAGAUAGCUUUGAGUUGGAAAAACUCUGUCGAUUCACAUUGACAGUGAGAAAGAAUUACCGACCGGUAACAUACCAUAACUGGCAACACGGGUUCCAUGUCUUCCACAGCUUAUGGUGCAUGGUCAAUGAUGACGAAACAUUUUCCCGAUUCGAUAAAAUGGCAUUUACAAUUUCUGGUCUUUGUCACGAUAUUGACCAUCGUGGUUAUAACAACGCUUUCUUUCAGAAGCUUCACCUUCCGUUGGCUAAUUUGUAUUCUACCUCAGUUAUGGAGCAACACCAUUACAGACAAACGGUUACCAUUCUUCAAACAGAAGGUACAGAUAUAUUCUCUUUCAUGACCGCAGAUGAUUACAAAGAAAUGUUAGAACAAAUUCGACACAAUAUUCUUGCCACAGAUUUAGCUCUAUACUUUGCAAACCAAAAAACUUUGUCAGGUUACAUAAAAGAUGGUUCAUUUGACAUAGAAAUUCCUCAUAUGCGUACGCAUGCUAAAGCUUUAAUGAUGACUGGUGCAGAUUUAUGUGCAUGUGCCAAACCAUGGGCAACGCAACAGGAGACGACAAAGAAUUUGUAUGACGAGUUUUACUUUCAAGGUGAUGAGGAAAAAAGGCAUGGUCUUACACCAAUACCAAUGAUGGACAGAAACAAAUUUGAUGAACUUCCAAAACAACAAAUUGGAUUUAUAGAUUUCAUUUGUAGGCCAUUAUAUCAAACAUUAUGCGACAUUCUUCCGAGAACGAUGCCACUACUGGCUGGAGUAGAUGAGAACAGAUCGCACUGGGCCGAACUUGCUGAACAAGAAGCUACAUCAUUUUCUAAAAUGGGGGUCAGUUCUAAGAACGAAUAGAUAUUAUACAUUUAGUUCUAUCUGUGAUAUAUUAAAUUAUUUAUAAACAG